AUCUCCAAUCUGUUUUUAUUACAGGGACCCAGCAUACGUGGAUCUGCUUUUGGAUGCCUGCAAACCCCAUGUGGUCAUUGUAUGUGGGGCCAUGGUCAAUGCAAACUUGUGUGAAUCAGAAAAAGAAUUGGCUUAUCUUAUUAACCGAGACAGUAUUGAACAGUUAGGGAAACAAACCAAAAAGCAUGGUGCCAAGUUGAUCUUCUUCUCAACCAAUUAUAUCUUCAGUGACCCUCUCAAACCAGAUUUACCCCAAGACAGAAUCGAUAUGUUAGCUAAUGAUAUUGGUAUAAAGGAAGAUGCUCCUCCCAACAGUGUGAAUGUCUAUGGUAAAGCUAAACUGGCCUCUGAAGAAAUAUUCCAAGAUGUUGACACCAAUGUCUUAAUUAUACGCACUUCGGGUGUGUAUGGACAAGAUAGCAAAAAAAGGAAUUUUGUGUACCAAGUUAUAGGGAAUCUUCUGGCUGGGAAUAAGAUGACGCUGCUUACAGAUGAAAUCCAGUGUCCAAUUUACAGUAUUGAUUUGUGUAGGGCCACACUUGAGCUGAUGGAGAAAAACUGUUCAGGAAUCUACCACGUUGUAGGACCAGAGGCAUUCAACAAAUACACAUUUGGUGUGAAGAUUGCUGAACUCUUCAAUCUUGAUACUUCAUUGUUAGUUCCAAUGUCAUCAGAAGAACUCAAAUUACCUGCCAAAAGGCCGUAUUUUGCAGCAUUGUCCACAGCAAAAUUUCGCAAGGAAGUCCCAGAGUUCAAGUUCCUUGAUGUAUCUGCUGCUAUAAGAGAUUGGAAAAGUAAAGAAAAUAAAAAUGGAAAAAUCUUGCCUGAAUUCUAAUAAGUCCUUUAAAAAGAAAGGAAAUAAAGUUAUAUUGAUAGUGUAUUAUUUAGUGUAUUAAUUAAUAUAAGUGACCUGAAACUUGCUGCUACUUUAGAAACAAUUUUUCAGGGUUCUUUAUAUUAUAUAUUUUGGGGAUGAUUUUGUUUGUAUUCUGUGAAGAGUCAAUGGUACACAUGGCCAAGAUGUAUACAAGUAUACAAGUCACCUGUAUAUAUGAAUGGUCAUUAAUAAAAAGAACAUUUUUUAAAAGCAGACAUGAGCAACUGGCAGCCACCAGUCUUCUGAAUGACAUGGCUAAUGAAAAAUUAUUUUUAAUGUUUUUGUAGUGUGGCUCACCUCAAGAUGAGCCACCUCUCAUGUGACCUGCUGCUCAGAAAAGGUUGCCCAUAUCUGAUAAAAAGGGUCAUUUAUAAAAGGGUUAUUUGAGUUCAAAGCAAUUUGUGUAUUAGAGGAAUUUUGAAAGAAGUUUCUAUAAAACUAAUUUUUAGACAUCAAAUGGCUAAGGAGGGUUCACCAAAAUAAGAUAGCAAUCAAAGGGGUUCAUAAGUAAAGAAAAAUGGUUGAGAAUCUCUGCUACAGAGGGUCAUUGGUAUUUCAAUUUGGGUUUUUCAAUCUUUUGGGGUUUUUUUCAUGAAUUAAAAUAAAUGAAUAAAUA